AUGAACGACGACUUCUGCCGGGCGCUGGUGGACCGCCGGCCCGCGGGGCCCCCCGGCUGCCUGCCGCUGGCCGUCGGGCCCCCUCCGCGGCCGGCGCCGCUGGCCCGCGCCGAGCCGCUGGACGCCGUGCCCUUCCUGCUGUACCCGGGCGCCGCCGAGCCGCCCUACUACGACGCCUACGCGGGCGUGCUCCCCUGCGCACCCUUCCCCGGCGCCCUGGGCGUCUGCGACUACCCCUUCGAGCCCGCCUUCAUCCAGAAGCGCAACGAGCGCGAGCGCCAGCGCGUCCGCUGCGUCAACGAGGGCUACGCGCGCCUCCGCGGCCACCUCCCCGGCGCCCUGGCGGAGAAGCGGCUCAGCAAGGUGGAGACCCUGCGCGCCGCCAUCCGCUACAUCAAGUACCUGCAGGAGCUGCUGAGCGCCGCCCCCGACGGCGCGCCGCCCGCCGGCCCGCGGCCCGACCGCCCCGGCCCCGGCGAGCCCCCGGCGGCCGCCUCGCUGGCGCCCGACUCCUCCGAGCCCUCCUGCUGCUCCUCCUCGCCCUUCUUCGAGUCGGAGGAAUGCAGCCACUGA